ACCACAAGCAGGCCAACUCCUAGCCAUCAAGUCGCGCAAGAACAUCUGACAUCAAUAUGGCCGAAUCAACAGAGAAACAGGAGAAUCCCGGUAUACUCCCUUCGAUUGAGUUUUCUCCGGUUGUCAAGGUCGAGAGCUCUCCUGCUAUCGAUCCUCUACCUUCUUCUCCCAUGAACCCUCCGACCGAGGCUUCUUCUGUCACCGGCCAUCCCAUACAGGCUUCUCCAGCCAACGAUCCUCCGGUUCAUGUUUCUCCUCCCGUCAACCCCCCGGUCCAGGCUUUUGCUCCUCUGGACGGGACUUCUUCUAUCAUCGACGCCGUGGACCAGGCUCCUCCCGCCAACAGUCCUCGCCCCGUCAUUGAAGCUCGUGCCCCGCAUCCUCCUGUCGUUUUACCUCCGCUUCCUGCACGUCACAGUAACGAGCCGCCAAGCCAAACUCGUCUCUCCAUUCCACAACUAUCCUACCCUUCUCUCAUCUCCAAUCGCCCUCCUACCAAUCCGAAUUUGAGCCAACACUACAGAUUUCAGAGCCCGAUGGGAAUAUGUCAGGGAAUGGAGACAGAGAUCUUGUCCAAUGCCCUUGGCAGCAUGACCGGCAGGGGAGACGAAGAAAAGUUCAAGACGCCAGUGGAGUAUGCGGUUAUUCUCCAAAUGAAGACGAAGAUGACAGCGAGCCUGGAUCAGGCAGUUGCUGAAAGAACUCGUGUCGAAGACGAUUUUCGGAAAGUCUCAGGUCAACCACAGGGCGGGUUGGUUGGGAUGAGUGGGGCGGUCGUCGACAUGGUGAAGGGCAUUGACUGUUAG